GCAUUUUCUAUUGUGCUUCUUUGUAUUUGAGCGUUCGCAUUCUCACGUGUGAAUUGUGAAGCAACGAACAGGUUUCGUGCUCCAUCUACUUACGUAUUUACUCCAUCGAAGGAUCAUAGAGUGUGAAAUGAAAACGAAGACAGCAACCGCAGUGGGCAUUGACCUGGGCACGACCUACUCGUGCGUGGGUGUGUUCCAACAUGGCAAGGUCGAGAUCAUCGCCAACGACCAGGGCAACAGGACAACUCCUUCGUACGUCGCCUUCACCGACACUGAGAGGCUCAUCGGCGAUCCUGCCAAGAACCAAGUCGCCCUCAAUCCCAUCAACACAGUUUUUGAUGCCAAGAGACUCAUUGGCCGCAAAUAUCACGACCAAACUGUGUCGAGUGACAUGAAACACUGGCCUUUCAAAGUUAUUGAUGAUGAAGGGAAACCGAAAAUCAAGGUGGAAUACAAAAAUGAAAACAAGACAUUCAGUCCUGAAGAAAUAUCGUCCAUGGUUUUGAUGAAGAUGAAGGAAAUUGCCGAAGCUUAUCUGGGAAGUGCUGUAAAAGACGCGGUCAUCACCGUGCCUGCUUACUUCAACGACUCCCAACGCCAAGCGACAAAAGAUGCCGGCGCCAUCGCUGGCCUCAACGUCCUCAGGAUUAUCAAUGAGCCCACAGCUGCAGCCAUCGCUUAUGGUCUCGACAAGAAGGGGAGUACAAUGGGAGAACGAAAUAUCCUUAUAUUCGAUUUAGGUGGCGGAACUUUCGACGUCUCAAUUUUGUCCAUCGAUGAUGGGAUUUUUGAAGUGAAAGCAACUGCCGGAGAUACACAUCUUGGAGGUGAAGAUUUCGACAACCGUCUGGUUAGCCAUCUUGCGCAGGAGUUCAAGAGGAAGCACAAGAAGGAUAUUUCAGAGAAUAAGCGAGCUUUGCGACGACUGAGGACAGCGUGUGAACGAGCUAAGAGGACUCUCUCCUCGUCUGCACAAGCCAGCAUUGAGAUAGAUUCGCUCUUCGAGGGCAUUGAUUUCUACACAUCCAUCACCCGCGCGCGAUUCGAAGAAUUGUGUUCUGACCUCUUCAGAGGAACACUUGAUCCCGUUGAGAAAGCGCUGCGUGAUGCCAAAAUGGACAAAGGAAAUAUCCACGAAAUUGUUUUAGUUGGAGGCUCAACCCGUAUUCCCAAAAUCCAAAAGCUGCUGCAGGACUUCUUCAACGGAAAGGAGUUGAACAAGUCGAUCAAUCCUGACGAGGCUGUGGCCUAUGGUGCUGCUGUCCAGGCUGCCAUUCUUAGUGGUGACAAGUCAGAAGCAGUACAGGAUUUGCUUCUUCUCGAUGUCGCCCCAUUGUCAAUGGGACUCGAGACAGCUGGAGGUGUUAUGACUACCCUCAUAAAACGCAACACUACCAUUCCCACUAAACAAACCCAAACCUUCACCACCUACUCGGAUAACCAACCCGGUGUGCUCAUCCAGGUUUACGAGGGCGAACGCGCCAUGACCAAGGAUAAUAACCUUCUCGGCAAGUUCGAGCUCACUGGUAUUCCUCCUGCUCCUCGGGGCGUACCGCAGAUCGAAGUAACUUUCGACAUCGACGCCAAUGGCAUUUUGAACGUUUCUGCUGUUGACAAGUCCACGGGCAAGGAGAGCAAGAUCACCAUCACCAACGACAAAGGUCGACUUAGCAAAGAAGAGAUCGAGAAGAUGGUACAAGAUGCUGAAAAGUUCAGAGACGAGGACGAGAAGCAUAAAGAGAAGAUUUCGGCGAAGAAUUCGUUGGAGUCUUACUGCUUUAGCAUGAAAUCAACUCUUGAAGACGAGAAGUUGAAGGAUACAAUUAAUGAAGAUGAUCGCAAGAAAGCACUGGAUGCUUGCAAUGAUGCCCUCAAGUGGCUGGACAUGAACCUUCUGGCGGAGAAGGAAGAAUUCGAGCAUAAACAAAAGGAAGUGGAGCAAGUGUGCGCCCCUGUGAUCAGCAAGCUUUAUGGAGGAGCUGGAGGACCCGCGCCCAACGGCACGAUGCCCGGAGGCCCCAGUGCGGCAUCUCGGGGGCCAACCAUCGAGGAAGUGGAUUAAAUAGUGAAUAAUAACUGUACAUAUACAUAAAUGUAUAUAUGAAAUUAGUAUAGGUUGGCAGAAUUUGUUCCAUUUAGCAGG